AACAUCUCAAAUGCGAAGAAAUUAUGUAAAAAGUGGAACUUGAGGGUUGAGUAUUAGUGUAAUUAACCUAACUUUUUUAUAUAUCGGAGAGCGAAGAGAAACAGAACGAUCAAAUACGCGCGACAAACAGACGCACUCCUGAUACUCGCAGCUUCUUCAGGGAUUUAGUCUACAAGAGUGAAAAAAAGUUCCUGUGAUUAGCAAUGGAUCAGAUUGAUGAAUCCCUUAAGAAACAAAUUGCAGCAUUGUUGAGAGUUAUACAUGUGACAAGAUGCUCUAAAGAGGACAAUGUUCCGUGCCAAAUUGAAGAGGGUCUGUUCUUGGGUUCUAUUGGAGCUGCAAAUAACAAGGAGGAACUGAAAAACUUGAACAUCACACACAUUUUGACCGUGGCUAAUUCUUUGGCACCUGCAUAUCCAAAUGAUUUUGUGUAUAAGGUUAUAAAUGUUGCGGACAGAGUCUGCACAGAUUUAAAACAGCACUUCGAUGAGUGCAUCGAUUAUAUUGAUGAAGCUAAAAGGUCGGGUGGUGGUGUGUUGGUUCAUUGCUUUGUGGGAAGAUCCAGAAGUGUGACUAUUAUUGUUGCAUAUCUGAUGAAAAAGCAUGGCAUGAGCGUAUGUCAAGCACUUGAACAUGUGAAGAGCAGACGACCUCAGGCAUCUCCUAAUGCUGGUUUCAUUUCACAACUGCAGAGCUUUGAAAGGUCUCUUAGUGGGGGCUAGUUCUCACUAUGCUUUAUUGGAAAUGCGUGCCACAAAAGGAUGAAGAGAACAAGACAACAUAAUGUAGGUGGGCGGACUUCUGCGUUGAAGAACCUCGCUUUAAUACAUACGUUACCCAAGUUAGAUGAAAUUUGGUGGUACAGAUAGAACUUUCAGUUGUUACAAAAGAAAAUGAUGUGCUCUGGAUUUAAAGUUGACUAUGAACGAUUAGGUUGUAAGAAGUGCAAUAUAGCUAUUAUUGCAUAAAGCUUUUAAUACAUCUAGAGGUUCCCAUAAA